CAACUCGAUCUUCUUGGCAAAGUCGACAGCUGUCAUUAUAAGGUUUUGGUGAUAGUUAAAGUAUAUUCUAUCUACAAUAAAUAAUAAGUACAAUAAUAUUAAUAUAAAAGACAUUUCGAUUUGUGAAAAACAUACAUAAGUUAUAAAAUGGCUUUCUACUGUGCCAGACUUAGUGCGAAGCCUAUUCUUGCUAGCUUGGGGAGAUUGCCCCUUACAUUGAAAUCCGCUCACUAUGCCCAAGCAGCGGCAGUUCCAAAAGUGAAUUUCAAAAAAUACGAACCUCCUAAACCUGAACAUUAUGACGAUAAAAAUGCCCGCCUCAAACGUCCAUUGUCUCCUCACCUUACAAUCUACGCGCCCCAGCUGACGACUUUGCUAUCCGUUUCGCAUCGAGCUGCAGGUAUUAUACUAUCCGGUUAUGCCAGUGUUUUGGGUAUUGGAGCAUUGGUAUUGCCUAAUGAUGUAUCCCACUACAUCAUGAUGAUUGAAGGUCUUAAUCUAUCUCCAGCAACUAUUUUCCUUGCCAAGUUUCUGAUAGCUGCUCCAUUUGGAUAUCAUUUUGCCAACGGUAUAAGGCAUUUGUACUGGGAUACUGCUAAAGGAUUGUCAAUCAAGGAAGUUUACUCAACUGGAUAUAUUAUGCUUGCGACUGCUGCUGUUAUUACAUUGUUCCUUGCUGCAUUGUAAGUGUUCAUGAAAGUAGGGUAGUAAGAAAAAAUGUUAUUUAUUUGUUUUGAAUAUAAGUAUUAAACAUUAUUAUAUCAGACUUUAUUUUA